AUGAUGGCCUGUCUGAAUGCGCCAUUAUGGUGCCGUCUGCUGGUUGCCUUCAUCCUUCUGGGCAGCCUCGUGUGCGCCGACGAGUUCUCUAAUGACUAUGAGGCAUACAACAAUGCAAAGUAUGGCAAGCGGCCCACCCAGACCUUCGUCUCAAACCCGGACAUUGUGGCGCCUCUCCUCCAGGUCAACAUCUGGGACGAGGAGAAGAUCUCUCCCACAGGCGGCUCGCACAUCUUCAUCCGCCACGACUUUGAGCAGUCCAGUCCUUUAAUCCUCGACGCCAGCGAUCUAAGCCUGGUGUAUAUGGACCGUGCAUACGACCGCACCAGCGAUAUCCGCGUCCAGAAGAGCGGCAACGAGUCCUAUCUUACCUUCUACGCCGGCCCUAUUGUGGAUGGGCACGGGUCGGGCGACGGAUUGGUUCUCGAUGAGCACUACAACGAGGUGUACAAGGUCAAUGUGCAAAAUCUAUCUGUCAAGAAUGACCUGCACGAGUUUCAGUUUACGGACCAGGGAACGGCCCUGGUUACGGCCUAUGACUUGGUUAGGAUGGACCUGCGCAAGUAUCGGGGCUCACGAAAGGGAGGAAUCUUUGACGGCGUCUUUCAGGAGAUUGAUCUCGCUACCAACGAGGUCAUUUUCCAGUGGAGGGCCUCUGACCAUGUCGACCUGGCCGACUCGUUCUACAAGAUGGAGUUGAAAUGGGAUUUUUUUCAUAUCAACAGCGUACAAAAGUCUCGAGAGGGGAAUUAUCUCGUUUCCGCCCGCCACAUGCACUCCAUCUACUUAAUCAAUGGGCAGACAGGCGAGAUCAUGUGGACCCUCGGCGGGAAAAAGAACCAGUUCAGAGAGUUAGAUGCAGACAAGGGCGCCAACCCGUCAGGAGACAACCUGCUCUCCUUUGCCUGGCAGCACCACGCCCGCUUCUUCCACAACAACGAGAACGAGAUCACCUUCUUCGACAACCACGCCCUGACCACCCAGCAGCAAUGCACCAAAGACUGCAGCCGCGGCCUGCACAUCAGCAUCGAUCUUGACUCGAACCCAGAGGAUCCCGCCGUGCGUAUCCUGCACGAGUACCGCCACCCACAGUCUCUCCAGGCCCAGAGCCAAGGCAGCGUGCAGCCUCUCGAGGAUGGCAGCGGCAACGUCUUUGUGGGCUGGGGCCGGUGUCCUUCCUUUACUGAGCACACUGCCGACGGCGAGGCAGUCAUGGAUGUUCAAUUCUCUCCCUGGCACACCAAGAAAAACUCGAUUGCCCUCGAUAACUACCGCGCUUACCGUAUGGACUGGACUGGCCAGCCUGAGACGGACCCAGAUGUCAUGACCCAGGAGAAGGACGGCGUGACGAGCGUGUACGCCAGCUGGAACGGCGCCACUGAGGUGAAGGCUUGGGCUUUUCUCGCCAGCAACGAGAGCAGCGACCUCUACGGCCCAGGACAGGUCCUUGCCAUCGUCCCUCGCGACGGCUUCGAGACCUCCUUCGCCCUCGAGUACCCAGCCCGCUUCGCCCGCGUCGCCGCCCUCGACGCCGAGUGGAACAUUCUCGGGUCUUCUGGCAUCGUCGACAUCCGCAACGAGCGCGUGUUUGGCGAUAUGCGGCCCAUCACUGCUGUCAAGCAGUUCGGAGACAUCAUGGUCUCUGAUAACGGGUAUUCAGUUAGCCUUACAGACCACACCGAGUUUCCGGGCCAGGGGGGUACUUUCUUGGGGGUCCCUGUUGGGUGGCAUAGUCUGCUUGGUUUGGCUAUGCUUCUGGGACUGUGGGCUGCUGCGCGCAUCUUUUGA